AUGCUCGUGCCUAACCAGAACAACACUUUGGUGUUGGCGAUGACUCCACUGCAGGUGGAGGAGGAGAUGAAGGUGGUGUCUUUGUUGCGGCAGGAACUUCGUAACAGUCACGAGGAUUACGACGGAACAGCCUCGGUGAAGCCCCCAGUUGAGCCGGUCCAUCGCACGGUGGAUGCGAAAGUGUUACGUACGCUGAAGUGUGCUAGCUACCCCUUUAUUGUAUGCGAAGAGGCUCCUACGUCGUACGAGGCUCCGCUACCGUAUGACUUGGAAGGUGUUGUUGAGAGAUUAGGUGGCGAACUCCGGAAUUUGGAUGCGUAUUUGCAGAGCGAGAAGGCGCUACGGCGCGAAUCCGCUGAACAGGCACGUUCCACAUCACCCUCUCAUGACAGCCACAGAAGAGAUAGUUCUGGGAGGUUUCAAACAGGGGAACGAGUUCCAACGCAGGCAGUAGAUGCGAUGGGGCUCUUCACGGAGUUGAUGGGGAGGGAUGCGUGCUUUGCGGAUGUGUCGAGAGAGGUGUCCAUGGUGCGGUGGUACACACGGUGGGUCAUCUCUCAUUCUCUCCAUUCCCUGGAAGAGGCAUUGGAGCAAGUCGAGUAUGUACUUUCAGAGGGGGAGUUAACGACGGAGACUGAGUUAUUGGAAGCCAUGCGACAGUUUUCCUUUGUUGAGGCUGUAAGCACACUUGAGAGUGAUCGUCGUGAGGUGAUUGAGGCAGAGCGACAUCGAAUGCAUUCUCGCAUUCGAACAUUUCGCGAAAAUCUUUCACCGCUCGCUAUCACCGCUGCCACUAGUUCUUUUCUUACUCCAGAGGAAAAGUAUGUGUAUCAGGAGUAUUACAAUCAAUCGGAGCAUGUGAUGACGAUGCUUCACCACGCUUUGCAUGCGCACUUUGCAUCAAAGGCCCGUGCUCCAUCGCUUGUGUAUUCGGGGGAACCUGUUCCGCCAAGCCUUCCAGCAAGGUCACGUUCCUUUUUAAUGAGGGAAGUUGGCGAUGUGGAUGAAGUUCGAAUUUUGUCGGAUGCCGCGAUGAAGGCAUUGCAGCAGGAACGUGAUGUCAUUACGAAUCUGCUUCAAAGAAUACAGGAUCGACAGGAAACUGGUGUAAUGCUAGGGAUAAAACAGGAGCAGUAUCGAAGGAGUCGUUUAGCGGCGAUGGUGGUGUAUAAAUGUUUGGUAGAUGAUAUGGUCAUGCUUCACUCACAGGCACGUCUGGCGGGGGAGCUUCUCUUGGAAUAUGAUAAUUGGAUUUUGCAGCACUGUGGCACGAACCACGAAGCGGUAAUAAAGCGUCUGGGAAUUCCUUCAAAUGACGUGGGUUCGCUUAAGGCAAUAAUGGACCGUGAGACGCCGCAGCGUACAUCUGUCUCUCCCGCACUUGAAGGGUCUAUGCUGCUUAUAUCUCCCUCCCCAACUGGCCAACUUCCCCGUCAUGUUGAGGAGGUGUGCGAGUCGCUCAUGUCCCUGCUGAAGCUUUCCGGACGACCGCUUGGUGCUGGUGCCUCCACUGGGGUUUCACAAACCCUCUACCGACGUUGGAUGCGUCUCUCGCUUCACCACACAUGUGCGCAGAUUGCGCGUGGGAGGUGGCCGGGCGACCUCCUUUUUGAUGGCAUGGAUGACAUUGCAAUGAAUUUGAUUCGACUGGUGUCGGAGCAUAACUCCAGUCUCGGCGCAGUGCAGUCUCACGUGACAGAACUGAUUGCUGUGCUUCGGUGCUUUCUCGGCCUUGUGGCGAAUGGGGCGGCGAGGCGACAAACGCAGCGAGAGUUUCCGCGAAUACUCGAGGGCGCUGCCUCAACUCUGGCCGCCGCUGCUUCGACUAGUAGCAGCACCACGACGGGGGCGAGGCGCAGUCUCGACAUCUCUGUCGCCUUCUUCUUGGACAGGGACGCCUUCGCCGCGAGGCGGGCCGCAAACGUAGCUGACGAAGACGACGAGGUAUGGGAUGCCCUUUGUGACGCACUUUGGUUUCAGGCGGACCCGUCAGGCUCCGCACAUGGCGGUUUUCUUUGCAACGACUGUGAUGCGGACGCGGACAAGCCCUUCGCCUUUCUUCGUCUGGAGUCCAUAACACUCCCUGAUCGGUUACCCAGGACCGCUGCAGGGCAAGGAGGCUUUCAAAAAUUGCAUAUGUGCCUUCAUUAUGUCAUUCCUCCCGCAGGCAGUUCAUCGGCGCUCUCUUUGGCACAGUUGGUCGGAGGGGAUGCGACGGGUAUGGCAUCGACGUCUGUUGUGACGCGUUACAGCUACCUGCGACGCAUGUUGCACGUUCUCUUCAUCCUGGAGCAGCGCCAUCUGCUGCAAGAUUACGCUUGUCGUGAGGAGGAAGUUGAGUUGGUGCCGCUUGAAACCACUGUGUUCUUUUCGCGUAAGCGAGAGAAGAGGAAGAGCCCAGUUGAGAGGGUGCAUUCUCCUAGCGUCUCUCCAUUGCGAAACGGCGAUGGGGCAUCCACGGCACGCAAGUAUACGACUUUUGUGGGCAUCUUGCCUUCCGCCGCGGUGCGCCUCAUGCGAUACAACACGAUUCCCACCGGCACGGAAUACCCCGUCUCCUCUGACGAGGCGCCCUCAACUGCUACUCUUAAUCUGCUGAUUGGGAACAUGCUGAAGAAGAUUGCCCUGUGUCGCUCGCCUCUGCUGGAUAGGAUGUACAAAAUGGGGGAUAAAUUAUGUAGCCAUGGAGUGGAUGCGGCGGAGGAAUACAGCUCAGAGCGCAGGGGCCAGGGAAAAGCGAUUCUUCCUCCCUUGCUGCGAUCCAUUGAUGAAUACAUCUCCAGCCCGGAUUUUGAUGCGUUGGUGAGGGAGGCCGACGAUGGGAUGCGGCGACAGAAUGUCAAACCUUUUUUUUUUCUAGCUAACGCCGGUAUCAGUGACAGUUCCCGUUUGGCUUUAUGUUUUUAUUGCUUCUUGGGCAUUGUGUCUCAGACUUGCUUUGGGUUCCAAUGCGUGAUGUGCAGAGGAGAGGAGAAGCGGGGGCGGGGGUGGGCCGACUGGUGCUGGGAGUGCGAUGAAUUGCGUCAGGCAGUGCGGGGAAGGUCG